ACACGAGGCUUCUCUCCUCAACCCCCAAGUUGCGAGACAGGAGGGGGCGAAAGGCGGUGUGUGUUCUGUUCUGUGCCGAGGAGACGCCGGCGGCGACCACGAUGGGCGGCGGCGAGGGCAAGUCGAGGAAGCGCCGCUCUUCCCCCUCCUCAGGGGAGGAAGAGGAGAGGGAGCGGAAGAAGAGGCGGGACAAGAAGGAGAGCAGGAGGAGCGGCCGAGACGGCAGGGGCAGCGACGAGGAGGAGGAGAGGCGGAGGAGGAAGAAGAAGCACGGCGACAGGGGCAAAGACAAAGAGAGGGAUUCGAAGGAGAGGCGUUCCAAGGAGAAGGAUAAGAGCAAGCGAAAAGACAAGGAUGUUCCAUCGCUAAAACAGGACAUCAAAGAAAUAUCCAAGGACGACUACUUUGCAAAGAACAAUGAGUUUGCAACCUGGUUGAAGGAAGAGAAGGGCAAAUAUUUCUCCGACCUUUCUUCAGAGUCUGCCCGUGAUAUCUUCCUCAAGUUUGUGAAGCAAUGGAACAAGGGAAAGCUGCCAUCACAUUACUACGAGGGCAUCACCACUGGGCCCCGAUCAGCGCACAACUGGAACAUCAAGAAGGCAUGAGAAGGCUCGUCUUGUUCGUGGCUCGCAGUUCGGGUCCCUUGCGGUGGUUCGGUUUCUUGACGAAACUGCCAUACCAAAUGCUUGUACCACUUGUUCCAUCUUUUAGAUUUUCAUAGGUUUCUGAUCUAAACCUGUCGCGGUGUUUAGCAUUGAUGUUAGUUCUGUUGCUGACGUUUAAUGAAAAAAUUCUAGCAAAUUUGUUGCUGUAUCCUAUAUGCAAAAGAGCUGGUAUUCAUGUGAUUAGCCCCACCA